UGCCAGAGCUAAGUGCAUGUGUUGACUGUUGUGUUGUGCGUGAGGUGGUUCGUUAUAGAUUAUAACAAUGAUCAGUGAAAAUUAAGCAGAAAAGUUCAUGAAAAUAUCGAUGAUGGUCUUGGACCAUUGUAGCUCCUCUUAUUUCUUUAAAAAAUAUAAGACUUUGUGGAUUGAAGCCCCGAGAAUACCUAAGAAAGCUUCAAACCCGUUUGAAGCUUUCGUGGCCGAGUUCAUGGAACUAUGAACCUAGACUCGUUGUCUUUUACUUUGUCACAAAUAAGUUAUUUAGUUGCCUCGUUGAAUAAGAAGAACCAGAAAAAAGUAGUUGCAGAACUUACGAAGUUAAUUUCUUCGUUUGGUCUGGAGGCGGACCGUCACUUGCUCCAAUGCCUAUUUUCAACAGUGGAUUUUUCGGAAUCUACAAAUAAAGUAUCAACUUCUUCAAUUCAGAAUCAAGUGUUACUGGAGCAGUGUUCAAGUUUGUUGGAUAAACCAUCACUGAUAACAUCUGUCUGUUACACUGUAAAUAAUCAAGUUUCUAAUACAAAGAGCCUUAAAUUGGGGCAACAGUUUUUUCAACAGUUGAGCAAGUGUCUUCGCCUCUCAGCUGUUCAAGAAGUUGUUUUCGCUCUUGCCCUACGUCAUUCCCUCAACAGUGAAGUGGCCAGUUUAGCACAGACUCAUUUGAAAGCAAGUGUACCUGCUUUAGUGCAAUCCUACAUCGACACAGAGGGAAGCAGUAGACAACACGAGGGCGGUCUUCAUGAAACGUCCCCGGAAGUUUUGUACUUAAUUUUGACCGCAAUCUUAAAAUCGCCAAAAGAAGUUGGACUCUCAAACGAUAUACAUCAGACGUUCCUCAAUACAUUACAACGUGAUUUUCCUAUAGACAUAGUUCCGGUAGUUCUCGCGCCUUUAGUAUAUCCUGAACAGUGUGAAUUAGCUCCAGAUAUGUCUUCCGAUGGCCCCGGUUUAUCCGGGGGUUUGUUAGAUACAUCAUUAGCUGAUGUCAUUACUGAGAUGGGAUAUGGCUUCACUUCAAGUAUAGAAGAAUGCCGAUCUAAUCUAGUGAAAUUAGGAGGACGUGAUUUGACUCCUUCAAUAAUAGCUAGGGUGUUGAGUAUUAUGUGCCGAACCCAUAGUGGCCUUGAUGACUCUUUGAAUAUCCAACAAACUAGUUCUUUUAAUAUAAGUGAAGUCAGAACAUCAUGGAACACAGAUGUAUUCGUUCAAGCAGUGAAAGAAACCAUACCGAAUUUCCAAUGGAAAAAUGUAUUUUUGGAACUGGAUCAUCCAGAUUUCUUGAUCAAAGAUCGACAAAGUUUGAUAUUACUAAUAAGUGCACUUCGUCAAGGUUUACAAAGUCUUGGAUUCCACCUGGAAACAUCGUUCCCCAUAGACCAAUUUUAUAAAAGAUGGAAUAAUGUGGAUGGCCAAUUCAGUUUAAUACAGGCAAUACUGAAGAAUUCAGAUAUUUUCUGUUUCGCAGAUUAUCCAUGCAUAUCAGUUGCGGUGGAUAUACUCAAAACACCUCCAGAACAGGAUAAUAAAGAUUUGGCCAACUGGAAAUCCUUGAAUCUUGUCGAAUUACUUCUGAAUUUAUCAGAAUCUAAUCUUUUCAAUCAGGUAUUUGAAUUGUUCAAAUUUCCUAUGCACAAUUGUCCAGAUGUGUUAGUAUUGGCCUUGCUACAAAUAUCGGCUCCUAUGACAGUACUCAGACAAGAACUGUUAACCAGUUUGAUUCCAAUAUUCUUAGUAAAUCAUCCAAAUUCCGCGAUCAUUCUACAUCAUGCUUGGCAUUCUGCAAACAUCAACAUUCGUUCAAUUAUUAUGCAUGCAAUGGCAGAGUGGUAUGCAAGAGGAGAUUGCGAUCAAACAAGACUUUCUAGAAUAUUGGAUGUUGCCCAAGAUCUGAAGGCUCUGUCAAUGCUGCUAAAUGCUCAGAAUGCUCAAUCUUAUCCCUUCAUUAUAGACCUGGCUUGUUUGGCGUCUAGGAGAGAAUAUUUGAAGUUGGAAAAAUGGCUUGCCGACAAAAUAAGAGAACAUGGGGAGCCUUUCGUUACAGCUUGUAUAAAAUUUUUACACAGAAGGUAUCCACAAAUAAUCGGUAAAAUAGAUGACCCCCUUUCGAAAUCAUCACCUUUACCUACUGAAACUAUAACUACAAUGGUGCUGUGUCUACAAAAUACAUUGAACAGUGUCGGUCCAGAUUGCCAAGAAGCAAUUCUUGCGGCAUCUAAUCAUUGUUCGCUGUUGAUGAAGAGCCGACAACAACCAACCAUUCUUAGGCCUCGGGUGGAUGGUGCUUUUAAUGCAACAGCACUAGCAGGUCAAAUUUAUAAUCACACAACUGUUGAUCCAAUACCUGGUCUCAGUACAAAUUUAGCCAAUAUUAAUUUAGGGGGGCCUCCUAGUACACCGUUCAAUCUUCAAAGUGGUUUAGGACCUCUGGUUCCCUCACCAGGAUCUCCCUCUAGAAUACUCAGUGCCGGAACUUCAAAUAGUCCUUUUUCGAUGAUUCAAAUGCAACAUCAAGGACCCGUUGGUACCAGUGCGUCUUUAGUUUUAGGUGUAAAUCAAAUCAACAAUAUCGGCAGAAUGGGUCCUGCUCCUGCUGUAGAUAAAGGUAGACUUCAAGAUUACAACUUGUUUCCCGAAAUUUCGCCAAACGUUGCCAAAGACAUCGAAGAUGAAGCGAACAGCUAUUUUCAGAGGAUAUAUAAUCAUCCUCCUCAUCCUACUUUAACCAUCGAUGAAGUUCUAGAUAUGCUGAAAAGAUUUCAGGAAUCAAGUAACAAGCGUGAAAGAGAGGUUUUCAAUUGUAUGCUCAGGAACUUAUUCGAAGAGUACAAAUUCUUUCCGCAAUAUCCAGACAAAGAACUUCAUAUAACAGCACAACUUUUUGGUGGCAUAAUUGAACGAGGCAUUGUUACAUCGUAUGUUGCUCUUGGGCUAGCUCUUCGUUUUGUCUUGGAUGCUCUCAAAAAACCUGAAGGAUCGAAAAUGUAUUAUUUCGGCAUUGCUGCACUUGACAGGUUCAAAUCGCGCCUCAAGGAAUACCACAAGUACUGCGAACAUGUCAGAGCGAUAUCGCAUUUCACCGAUUUUCCUCCUCAUCUUCAAGAAUACGUUGAGUAUGGCUUGCAGAGUCUGGAACCUCCAAAUAAACCUCAGGGUCCUAUUUUACCAGCCAGUCUGGCAGCCAUGUUGGCACCUAAUAGUUUACAAGUUACCCAAGGUUACAAAAAUACCCCAGCGGUCAGUUCCACAGCGCCAAGUAAAUCAAGUACUACAACAACAAGUACUUUGGGAUCUCGACCAUCUAUCGCCAAUGCAACAAAUAUAGAUACACUACUAGUGGCCACUGAAAAAGAAGAGAAGAUAAUUGUCCCUCCAGAUACUGUACAAGACAAAACAGCUUUUAUUUUCAACAACUUAAGUCAACUCAAUUUAAAAACGAAAUGUGAGGAAUUGAGAGAAAUUUUGUCCGAAGAAUACAGACCAUGGUUAUCUCAGUACUUGGUGAUGAAGAGAGCCUCUAUCGAACUAAACUUUCAUGGCCUUUAUUCCAAUUUCCUGGAUACUCUGGGAAUAGCCGAAGUCACCAAACUAGUUACUAAAGAAACACACAGAAAUAUAAGAGUUUUAUUAAGAUCAGAUAAAGUUAUUGCAAAUUUCUCAGACCGUUCUUUGCUAAAGAAUUUGGGCCACUGGUUGGGUAUUCUGACACUAGGAAGGAACAAACCUAUCCUUCAAAACGAUCUCGACUUGAAAUCGUUACUUGUUGAGGCGUACCAUAAAGGUUCCCAAGAAUUACUUUAUGUCGUGCCUUUUGUUGCCAAAGUUCUAGAGGCGAGUGCGAAAAGUAAAGUGUUCAAACCACCCAACCCUUGGACUAUGGCCAUUAUGAAUGUAUUGGCAGAGUUACAUCAAGAACAGGAUUUGAAACUUAACCUUAAAUUUGAAAUCGAAGUCUUAUGCAAAAACUUGGAGAUAGAGGUUGGCCAGUUGAAACCAUCGGUUUAUUUGAAAGAUCCAGAGAGGAUCAAGAAGAUCGAAUAUCAGUUAUCCCAACAGAACAAAAAGGAGACGUCUGUAUCUCAAGUUGCGCCAACGCAAGCUGUGAAUUUAUCCGAAUCUGAAUUGUCGAACAUCGGCCCAGGACAGCCAACUAAUACGACUCCAACAUCUGCCACGCCCGCCCCGCCAGAACCAAAAUAUAGUUACAGCGAUAUUCAGUUGGCAGGCAUGAGUGCCUUGAGUACGUAUGCUGUUAUAAAUCAGAACAUCCUCUUGUUCCAAACAACGCCUCAAUUGAAAUCUGUCGUUAAGCCAGCGAUUGAAAGAGCAGUUCAGGAAUGGAUUGUGCCGGUAGUUGACAGAUCUAUUAAGAUAUCCAUCCAGACCUGUGAGAGCAUCAUCAGAAAAGAUUUCGCUCUAGAUCCAGAUGAGAAUCGAAUGCGUAUGGCUGCUCAUUAUAUGGUGAGGAACCUGACGGCCGGCAUGGCCAUGAUAACAUGUCGAGAUCAGCUACUUUCCGCCAUAAAUACACAUUGUAAACAAGCUUUGAUGAACACAUUGAAUUCCCCCACCUUGCAACAGAAAGAACUGGUUGAGCAGGCUGCUUUAGUGAUAGCCGCCGACAAUAUGGAAGUAGCUUGUGCAUAUAUCCAGAAGACUGCAGUUGAGAAAGCCAUCCCAGAAAUCGAUAAGAGGCUUAUGAACGAAUACGAAUUGAGGAAAAUUGCAAGGCAAGAGGGAAGACAAUAUGUCGACCAAACUGUAUACAACUAUCAGAUUGAAAGAAUGCCUGAACCAAUACGACUAAGAAGUACGGUCACACCAGCACAAAUGAUCGUUUACGAGGAGUAUGCCAGAAACAUUCCCGGUUUUUUACCGAACGAACGGGAUAGCGCGUUAUUGAUUCCUAAGCAACAGCAUUUGGAAAGUUCCCAGCUUAAUGUUGUCAAUUCUUUUCCGACUUCGCAAGGAAUUCAAGGUGAAGAUGCCAGCAUUAUAUUUGAGAAACUACUGUUGGAUUUGGAACAAUUCAUACAGGCUAUAGCUGCUCAAAGCCAGUACAACCAUUUCAAUGCCAAUAUGAUCAUACUGAGGGACUGUUUAGUGCAUACUUUACGAUCAAGAGACAUCGCUACACCACAAACGUUAGUUCAGAAGUGCGUUGAGUGCCUUCAAGAGUCUCUAAUUGGAGGACAGUCCGACAACGACCCGUUCGUGUUGAGAUUCAAAGAAAUAAUCAUACGAAUAUUGAAAGCGCUUCAAGAUCCACGAUUUUUCGGUCAACAGUGGAUGAGCAAGUUCGUCACUAGGGUCCUGAUGGAGGGUAGAGACGAAUUCCGUUACAACAUAGACGCCGCGGACACCCUGAUCAAAUCCGGCCUCAUAAACCUCCCUCAGCUUGAUCUGAGCCUCGCUCAGUUGAUGGACAACGGCAACAAUUACAUGGCGGUCAAUUUCGCGAUGCAGAUCGCUCAGCUGUAUCUGAUCGACGACAGAUCGAACCAAUUCAUCACCGAGAACGACCUGAUAAACACGAUCGACAUGCUGGCGAAAAUACAGUCGCAUAAUCGUUCCGCGCCCGAAGGUCUCGGGACGAUAAUCGACGUCUUGAGACAAAAUCACGAGGCCACAUUCUUCGGGGAUAGGACUCCGUUCGGACCGACAGUGCACAUUCAUAAUGGUGUUCUGCAGGUUAGAGCUCCCAACUAUGAAGAUCCCCCUGGUCUUGUGGAGAAAACCGAUUAUCUUCUAAGAGAAUGGAUUGGGAUAUACAAUUCGCAGCCUCAAGGAAGGGAUACAACAAAGCAGUUCACUAUGUUUGUCCAUCAGAUGAACGUGCAUGGCAUACUGAAAACGGACGACCUGAUCACCAGGUUUUUCCGCCUUUCCACCCAGAUAUGCGUAGAAACAGUUUACAGAAGUUUGACAGACAAAUCAGUUUCCAUGAACCUGACGCGAGCUAAGAUUUACCACACCUUGGAUGCUUUCGUGAAAUUGGUCGCGUUACUGGUGAAACACUCGGGCGAAGCUAAUAACACGAACACUAAAGUGCACCUUUUAAACAAAGUUUUGGGAAUCGUAGCUGGAUGCCUACUACAAGAUCACGACACAAGAGUUAUUGACUUCCAUCAGUUGCCUUAUCAAAGAAUUUUUACGAUGCUCUUUUUGGAGCUCAACUCUCCGGAGCCAGUUUUGGAGACGAUCAACUUCCACGUUUUGACAGCUUUCUGUCAUACGUUGCAUAUAUUAAGACCAAGUAAAGCAGCUGGAUUCUCUUAUGCUUGGUUGGAACUAGUCAGUCAUCGAACGUUCAUGGGGAGAAUUCUGGCUAACUCGCCUCAACAAAAAGGAUGGCCGAUGUACGCGCAAUUACUUAUUGACCUGUUCAAGCACCUAUCACCUUUCCUCAGGAAUGCUGAGCUGGCGAAGCCAGUCACCAUGUUGUACAAAGGAACCCUAAGAGUAUUACUGGUUCUAUUACAUGACUUCCCGGAGUUCUUGUGCGAUUAUCAUUAUAAUUUCUGUGAUGUCAUCCCACCGAAUUGUAUUCAAAUGAGGAAUUUGAUCUUGUCUGCAUUUCCUAGAAAUAUGAGACUGCCCGAUCCGUUUACGCCAAACUUGAAGGUGGACAUGCUGCCGGAAAUAUCGUAUGGGCCUCGUAUUUUGGCAAAUGUUUCGAUCAUGAUCACGCCUGCGCAGUUCAAAAAGGAGCUCGAUUCUUACCUGAAAGCCCGCGCUCCAGUGACUUUCCUUUCCGAGUUGAGAAGUAAUCUACAACUUUCCAGUGCUCCAGGAGUUCGCUACAACAUUCUUCUAAUGAAUGCUUUGGUACUAUAUGUGGGCAGUCAGGCUAUUUCCCAUAUUCGUAGUAAAGGACAGACUCCGAAUAUGUCGACUAUCGCACACAGUGCCCACAUGGACAUCUUUCAGAAUUUGGCUGUUGAUUUGGACACUGAGGGAAGAUACCUAUUUUUAAAUGCUAUUGCGAACCAGUUGAGAUAUCCAAACAGUCACACUCAUUAUUUCUCCUGCACUUUGUUAUAUUUGUUUGCUGAAGCGAACACCGAAGCUAUUCAAGAACAAAUUACAAGGGUCCUCCUUGAGCGAUUGAUCGUUAAUAGGCCACACCCAUGGGGGUUGUUGAUUACUUUCAUUGAACUGAUAAAGAAUCCUACGUACAAAUUUUGGAGCCAUGAAUUCGUUCGUUGUGCCCCAGAAAUCGAAAAGUUAUUCGAAUCUGUGGCCCGAUCCUGUAUGGUACAGAAAACUUCAGGGCAACCACAAGAUGGUGAACUGCAAGAAUGAUGCAUAACAUAUUAUAUAAAUAUUUGAAACAUGUGAUCUGUGAACUGUACAUAGUGUUAUUAAAAAAUUCAUUAUUUUGAUUCUUGAAGCUUGUUACAGAAUUUUUGGGUUCUAUGAUUUCGACUAUAAACUAAAAUUAGGAUGUAGAUAUUAGCGUUGUAAUAUAAUAGGUAUUUUUAAGAAUUUUCAAAUAUUUGUAAUUAUAUAAAUAAUUCAUGUAUGUAUUAAAUGGAUUUCAUGUUUUUCAGGAUAUAA